CCUGGGCCCAUUCCCCAUCUGUAUUCUCCCACCUGCCUGACAUGCAGGGCCUCAAUGGCACCCCAUUCCAGCCAGCCACACUCCAGCUUGCAGGCAUUCCUGGGAUACAGACAGAUGUAGCCUGGGUUGCCCUGAUUUUCUGCAUCCUCUACCUGAUCUCCAUCGUAGGCAACCUCAGCAUCCUCGCUCUGGUGUUUCGGGAGCCUGCUCUGCACCAGCCCAUGUACUACUUCCUCUCUAUGCUCUCUCUCAAUGACCUGGGAGUGUCCCUUUCUACACUUCCCACAGUGCUUGCCACCUUCUGCUUCAACUACCGCCAUGUUGGCUUCGAUGCCUGCCUGGUCCAGAUGUUCUUCAUUCACACUUUCUCUUUCAUGGAAUCAGGCAUACUUCUGGCCAUGAGCUUUGAUCGUUUUGUGGCUAUUUGUAACCCUCUACGCUAUGCCACAGUGCUCACCAACAGCCGCAUCUUGGCUAUGGGCUUGGGCAUCCUUACCAAGAGUUUCACCACUCUCUUUCCUUUCCCCUUUCUGGUGAAACGACUGCCCUUCUGCAAAGGCAAUGUUUUGCAUCACUCCUACUGCCUCCACCCAGAUCUCAUGAAAGUGGCAUGUGGAGACAUCCAUGUCAACAAUAUCUAUGGGCUCUUUGUGGUCAUUUUCACCUAUGGUGUGGACUCAACUUUCAUCCUGCUUUCCUAUGCUUUGAUCCUGAGAGCUGUGCUGGCCAUUGCAUCCCAGGAGCAGCGGCUCAAAGCACUCAACACCUGCAUGUCACACAUCUGUGCAGUGCUGGCCUUUUAUGUGCCCAUAAUUGCUGUCUCCAUGAUCCACCGCUUCUGGAAAAGUGCCCCACCUGUUGUUCAUGUCAUGAUGUCCAAUGUCUACCUAUUUGUACCCCCUCUGCUCAACCCCAUCAUCUACAGUGUGAAGACCAAGGAAAUCCGCAAAGGAAUCUUCAAGAUCUUCCAUAAAUCCCAGGCCUGAUGAAGGCUGCAAACCCUGAGAGAA